AUGCAACCGCCGCCGGCCACCGGCGACGCGCUCGCGGAGUGCCUCCGCCUCCUGGCCGAGCUCCCCGCCGCGGCCGCUUCCUCCCCGGCCUUCCGCCGCCACUGGCCCUCCAUCUCCGCCUCCGUCUCCUCGCUCUCCGCCUCCCUCUCCCACCCCGCCUUCCCGCCCUCCGCGCCGCUCCUCUCUCCCCUCGCCUCCGCCCUCGAGGCCCUCCUCUCCGUCUGCGGCGGCCCUCCCCUCGGCCACCUCCACACCGUCUCGCUCCUCUCCUCCUCCGCCGCCUCGCUCUCCCAGCUCGCGGCCGACGCGCGCCUGCUCGUCUCCCCAUCCCCGGCCGGGGGCGAAGGUGGCGGAUCGGAUAGCCUGCUACCCCGCCUCCGGCUUGGCUCCGCCGUCUCCCGCGCCGCGGCGCUGGACUCGCUCGCCGAGUCCGUCGGUUCCCUGCCGGCGUCGCACUCCGCCGCCGCCGUCUCCGCGGUCGCCGCGAUGCUCGACUCCGGCGACCUCCUCCCGGCCUCGCGCGACAAGGCCGUGUCCGUGCUCGCCGCCUUCGCGUCCUCCGACGCCGGCUGCCUGUUCCUGGCCCAGGAGUCAGGCACCGUCGUGCCCCACCUCUGCCGCGCGCUGGAGUCCGGCGGUGCCAGCGCUGAGCAGGCGUGCGUUGCCCUGGAGCCGCUCACCGCCUCGUCACGGGACGCGGCGGCGGCCGUCUCGGCGCGCGGCGGCGUGGCCGCGCUCCUCGUGGCUUGCGCCGCCGGCACCCCGGCGUCGCAGGCCGCCGCCGCGGGCGUGCUCCGGAACAUCGCCGCGUUCCCGGACCUGCUCCCCGCGUUCCGCGACGAGGGCGCGCUCCCGCUGAUCGUGCAGCUCGUCUCACUCGGCACGCCGCGGACGCAGGAGCUCGCGCUUGGCUGCCUCCAGAACUUGACGGCCAGCGAUGGCGACGAGGGGCAGAGGUUCAAGGUAGAGGCUUUCCAAGAAGGCGCGCUCGGCUGCGUCAAGGACUUCCUGGAGUCCUGCCGCGGCGACCAGCCGGGUCUCGCGCCGGCAUUCGGGCUCCUCCGCAACAUGGCCACCUUCCGCUACAUCGCCGAGAUAGCGGUGUCCGCCGGCUUCGUCAGCCACGUCCUGGCCGCGCUGGGCAGCGACAGGGCCAGCACCCGCACAGAGGCCGCCAUGGCGCUGGCGGAGCUGUGCAGCGUCAGCAGCAGCAGCAAGGCAAGGAAGGAGGCCGGGGGCGCGAUGCCGAGGCUGAUCUGGAUGCUGGAGGCCAAGGCCGUGGCCGAGAGGGACGCCGCGGCGAGGGCGCUGGCGACGCUGGUGGUGGCGGCAAGCAGCCACCGGAAGGCGUUCAAGAAAGACGAGAUGGGCAUAGUGAACGCGGUCCAGCUGCUGGACCCGGCCGUCCGGGGCGCCGACAAGCGGUUCCCCGUGUCGCUGCUGCUGGCCGUGGCGCAGUCCCGGCGGUGCCGGAAGCAGAUGGUGGCCGCCGGUGCGUGCGGGUUCCUGCAGGGGCUCCUGGCCGCUGAGGUGGACGGCGCAAAGAAGCUCUCCGAGUGCCUCGGCAGGGGCAAGAUGCUCGGCGUGUUCCCCCGGACAUGA